GUUCUCUCUGAGUCCCCAAAGUCAGCCUUGACAUCACAUCACCACCUCAUCAACCAUCUUCAUCACAUUCCCCAAUACCCUUCUCCCCAUCAUUUUCAUUUUCAUUGAUCCCUUCAGCAUUCCCCUGCCUUUUGGACGGUUUCUUUGAAGUCGUUUCCUGUGCCUCUGGACAGUACUUGUCACCCCCCUUCUUCUGCCCCAGCUACUCGCGCUGUUACUUAGCUGAGCUCCAAGCUUGGAAAAAGAUGCCGGCCGAGAGGCGUUCCCUGAGAUCGAACAGCAAGUCAGACACCUCUUCAUCUGCUAACGGUGAUAAAGCGCACUCCAACUCGCAGAGCUCCACUUCCAAUAAGGAUAAGCCCGCGCCCACCCGCGCCGCUGCUAACAAGGCCAAAUCGGCUCCUACUAAGAAAGGUGCUGCUACGAAUAACGCUUCGAACUCCGGUAUGGGCGAGCGUGACCAGCCGCACACCAACGGCUCCGAUAAGGUGGAGAAUGGCGUGAACGGUUCUGAGGAUGUUGAGAUGGGAGAGGAUACGGCAGUGCCCCCUACUAAGGGUUCGAGGUUAUCCGGCGAUCAAGGUCAGGAUAAGGAGGGUGAUGUGACUAUGGAUGGAGAGGAUGAAGAGUCCCACAAGCCCGAGUCAGAAGUUGACCCCAAGGUUAAGGCCAUCCAAGAUAUCAAGACCAACUUCACACUCCUCGAACGAGCUGUCACCCACUUCGACCCUAGAUUCACCCUCCGUGUCUUGCGGUCGAUAUCCUCGAUGCGCAAGCACAUCACCGCCGAUGUUCUAGCCGAAGUCAUUGUAGAGACCUAUCCUGCAUCAAGCCUCACCGCUUCUUUCUUGCUCAAUGCAAUUGACCGGGAGAGUGCUUUCGAGAGCGCUACGGCGAGCUCGAAGAUGGAGGUUGACUCGGAGAAGACCAAGUCUUCCUCCAAAGAGGUGCUGCCGGAGGUUGACACCUAUUUGUCGAUUCUGGUUCAGAUUUAUCUCUACGACAAGAAGGACGUCCAGGACGGUGCCAAGUUUUCGACAAAUGUCAUUGAGCGUUUGCGGACUCUGAACCGCCGUACUCUCGAUUCUCUUGCUGCUCGCGUGUACUUCUACUACUCCCUCUUCUUCGAGCAAAUCGCUCCCCUUCCCCCAUCGCCCGCUGCAACGGUCACCUCAAUCCGCCAGCCGUUGCUCACCGCGCUGAGGACCGCAGUCCUCCGGAAAGAUGCCGAUACCCAAGCUACAGUGAUCACGCUUUUGCUGCGCAAUUACUUGUCGACAUCCCACAUUUCGCAGGCCGACCUGCUUAUUUCGCACAACCGAUUCCCUCCCUCCGCGUCGAACAACCAGAUCGCCCGCUAUCUUUACUACCUGGGCCGCAUCCGUGCCAUCCAACUGCAAUACACCGAUGCCCACGGUCACUUGAUCGGAGCCACCCGAAAGUCGCCAUCCAGCCAGUGCGCGCGGGGAUUCUACCAAGCAUCCCACAAGCUGUUGGUGGUGGUUGAGCUACUGAUGGGUGAUAUUCCCGACCGUGCGAUUUUCCGACAGCCAGCCCUUGAACGUGCCAUGCACCCCUACUUCUUGCUUGUCCAGGCUGUGAGUGUGGGUGAUUUGGAUGGGUUCUUGAACAUUGUAAAUACGCAUAGUGCAACCUUCAGAAAAGAUGGCACUUACACCCUCAUCUUGCGGUUGAGGCAGAAUGUCAUCAAGACGGGUAUCCGGAUGAUGUCUCUGUCUUACUCUCGCAUCUCCCUGCGAGACAUCUGUCUCCGCUUGAGAUUGGACAGCGAGGAGUCAGCGGAGUACAUUGUUGCCAAGGCGAUCCGGGACGGUGUCAUCGAGGCUACUUUGGACCACGAGCGGGGCUUCAUGAAGAGCAAGGAAGUUGGAGACAUCUACGCUACCAGGGAGCCUGGUGAGGUGUUCCAUGAGCGCAUUAGGGCUUGUCUUGGUCUUCACGACGAGAGUGUCAAGGCGAUGAGAUUCCCCAUGAACCAGCACCGCCUUGAGCUCAAGAGUGCCCAAGAGGCCCGGGAACGUGAGAGAGAGUUGGCGAAGGAAAUCCAGGAGGGAGACAUGGAUGACGAGGAUGCCGCUCGAACCUUGUCGACCUCGGGGCUGAUGCUCGCAUCACGAACCACACCUUCUUCCACCCCGAUUUGCUAUCAGUGCCUUCGCAAUGACAUCCUCGCCGCCCAGAUUCAACCGCAGAUCAGAAAAUAUCACCCCUCCCGACGGAAAGAUGCCUCUCCUUUCGGUGCUGCGGUCUCCGCCGCUCAGACCAUCUUCAAAGGUCUACCUAAGGCGCCCCCAGGUAUUUCGGUGGACCCGUUGAGGAUGGUUGGCAAGGAGCUCAAGUUCCUGACGAAGAAUAUUCGACAAUUGCUGGGAUCUGGGCAUCCGGCACUUGACAAAGUGGCCAAAUAUUACACGCGGAGUGAAGGUAAACACAUGCGGCCGCUUCUGGUACUACUCAUGUCCCAAGCGACAGCAUUGGCUCCGCACGAGCACCGUCCGGGAAUGAAUACUUCAGCUACGGUCAAUGAUCCCAUCACCUCCCAUUCCGUUCUCUCCGAUGCGAAUCCCGAUACGAACCCGCUUGUGGCCAAAUCGGCGGAGGGCAGCUACGACUUCACAGGCGACGAAAAUAUCCUACCGACUCAGAGACGACUGGCCGAAAUCACCGAAUUAAUUCACACUGCUUCGCUCCUACACGACGAUGUCAUUGAUAACGCCGUUACUCGCCGCUCGUCUAGCUCCGCGAACCUGCAGUUUGGUAACAAGAUGGCAGUCCUGGCCGGAGACUUCAUGUUGGGUCGAGCUUCAGUCGCCCUGGCACGCCUGAGAGACCCCGAGGUCACGGAGCUUAUGGCCACAGUGAUUGCCAAUCUCGUCGAGGGAGAGUUCAUGCAAUUGAAGAAUACCGCCCAAGAUGAAUCAAACCCGGUUUUCACCGACGAGACUAUCUCGUACUACCUGCAAAAGACAUAUCUGAAGACUGGAAGUCUGAUUAGCAAGUCUUGCCGCUCUACUGCAGUGCUCGGUCACUGUUCUCCGGAGGUGAUUGAAGCGGCAUACUCCUACGGCCGCAAUCUGGGGUUGGCAUUCCAACUUGUUGAUGACAUGCUAGACUAUACUGUGAGUGGAGUGGAACUGGGAAAGCCUGCUGGUGCAGACUUGGAACUGGGUCUUGCUACUGCCCCGCUCUUGUUCGCCUGGAAGCAGAACCCUGAAUUGGGACCUUUGGUUGGCCGGAAGUUCAGCCAGGAGGGAGAUGUACAGAGGGCUCGCGAUCUUGUCUACCAGAGCAACGGUGUUGAGCAGACCCGGGAUCUGGCCCGUGAGUACGCCGACAAGGCCAUUGCCGCCAUUAGCGACUUCCCCGAUAGUGAAGCUAAGACUGGCUUGGUCCAAAUGUGCGAGAAGGCGAUGAACCGGAGGAAGUAAGACGAUUGGAGAAGAAGCCGACAUAUAGAAAUAUGUUUUGAACUGAAUGGCUGGACUGGGAUGGAGUCCUUUGCUAGCCAUGGAUCAGUCUGUAUUUGACAUUACGCAGAUAAGCACGAGUAUUGCGUGCUUAUCGACAUUAUCGAAUGUCCAUGUAUCAUUAUCGUGUAUAAUUGCUAUUAUUCUAGUUAUUCUUCUCUUUUCUGUUCGUUGUUGCUCGGCAUUGGAAGGCGGUUAUAUACAUAUGCUUUGAUGUUGAGAUGAAUCAAUGUAGAACAGACUAUAGAAUCAAUGCUGUAUACAGUUUCCUUUGCAUUUUAU